GCACUGCUCCCUUUGCUCCCUCUCUCGUGCCACUGUCCUCACGACUAGCAGCCAUUUUCCGUCCCUCCGUUCUCGAGCUAGCAUCUGUUGCUCUCCCUUCUCCUUAGCUUCCAAUUCUCCCUCGAGGUCGCCGUCCUUAGUCUCCCCGUAGUCUACUCUCCUCACAGACUCGAAAAUGGCGGCCCUCGCUACCAAGCUUGCGCUCACAAGCUCCCCAUGCCUCUCAUCCGUGUCCCUCCGACGGGGAUCCGCUCUCCCCGUCGUGUCGGUCGCGCCUGUCAGGAAGACCCGCGCUCUUGCCGCCGGUCGCGUCGUGGCCUCCGCCGCGACCACCGAUAUCGAGGAGCUCGUUUCGCAGAUUAAGAACCUCACGCUCAUUCAGGCCAGGACUCUCACUGACAGGCUGCAGGAGGAGCUCGGCGUGUCCGCCGCUGCCAUGAUGCCGGUCGCCGGCAUUGCCGCUCCCGCCGCCGGCGAGGCCGCUGCCGUCGUUGAGGAGCAGACGGAGUUCGAUCUGCUCCUGGAGGAGGUCCCCGCGUCGUCGCGUAUCGCCGUGAUUAAGGUCGUCCGGGCGAUCACCGGCCUUGGCUUGAAGGAGGCUAAGGACAUGAUUGAGGGUCUUCCUAAGAAGGUUAAGGAGGCUGUUGCUAAGGAGGAUGCUGAGGAUGCCAAGAAGCAACUGGAGGGUGCCGGUGCCAAGUGCAGCAUCAAGUAAAGGAUGUGAUUUUAAGGAGGGUUCCCUCUCGUGUGAACAAUGUGUGCUGGUAACUUCCGUACGGUGUUCGUUCUGGCGGCGAAGCAUUUUCGCAGCCAGAAGGGGAUCAGGAGGUUAGUGGCACGCUGGUUCGUACAUUGAUGUCAUGUACCAAGCGUAUAUGUUUACUAAAAUCACGUUCACUCAAUGCCUUGGGAAUACGCAAUCUCG